UAGCUGAGUUAGCUAUUGCUUUUUUGUUAACCCGGAGGGAACAAUCAAUGCUUUCUGCAGGAGAUGUCCAAAGUUACCUUCGCACACUGGAAAGUCUCCUGAGAGGGAUCAAAUACCCCGGGCACGUCGACUACAAUGGGCUUUGUAAAGGAGAUCCCUCAGCUUUUCUGCCAAUAAUGAGCUUCACCCUGACCUCCUUCUCUGCUCCUUUUGCUGAGCAGCUCAUGGCAGCUGGACUGGAACUGUCCAGCAAAACUGAUCUCCGAUUCACUGACACUGUUUAUAAGGUUCUUCGAGAUAUGUUCCAGUACAAGCCCAUACUCAGCAAACAGCAGUUCCUCCACUUGGGUUUCUCUCAAAGGAAAAUUUCCUUCCUGUGUGACGUCAUUAACCUGGUCCUGCAGAGGCACCAUCAGCUUAAGAAGGCAUUGAAAAAACCAUUUGUUGCCCAUCGCUUAGAAAAUCAUCCAACUUUUGCACAUUCCACUGAAGAGGAAACCUUUUCCACCCGUGAUGCAGCCUCUACCUCUCACACAGACACGCCCUCGUCUGGUUCUUCUGAAAAACAGAUCCCACAUCCAGGAGGAGAGGAGUCUGAGGACAGCAUUCUGUGUCUAUCUGAGGUGGAAGGUCGACUCUCAGCAUUGGAGGCUCAGUUCCAGACUCUUUGGUCUGGUCUCAACAAGCUGAAUGUUCUGGAGAAACGCCUGGAGGAACUUGAGAAGUGUCAAAUCACAGAUAAGAGUGACGGACCAGUUAUUACCAUAUCCAAAGAUAGCUGGGAAAAUUUAAUGAGCAGAAUCAUUCUACUGGAAACUAAAGAUGAACUGAGAAAUGCACAGAUAAGUGUUUCGCUGCCUUCCCAGUCGUCUGCCUCCACCUGUUUUGUCAGCUCCAUUUCUGACGCCUCACAGCCGGACAUGAAGGAAAGGCUAGACCGGAUCACCGCCAUGCUGAAGAACUCCUCUGGGCUGCUGAAGAGCACCGACUCCUUCACAAGCACCUACAAAUGA